AUGCUGCUCCCUUUCAUUGCAGCGGCCGCAGUCGGCACCACCGGGAGCAUAUUACUGCACCAGCACUCAUUCUUCAAGAUAACUUUCAUGAACGAGUGUUCGACCAACAUCGACUUGUACACUCACCUCACCAGCAUCUUCAACAUCCCCACGAACGAAAUUGACAGAAUCAUCUCGGGUGGUUCGGUCGUCAAGACCAUUAGAAGGGGCUACGAAGGUUACUUCCGUAACGGUUCGGACGACGCUGCCACGCUCAUUGGGAUUUCUACUACUAACGUCUUUCGCGAGGUUUCGUAUAACCUUAACAUCAUCCCGCCGAAUCUGGAUCCCGGCUUUGAGUCUUGCAAGACCCUUGACGAGUGCAAGCAACACUCCAAGAGCGGCACUGGUUUCAACACUCCCAUCCGGAUCACACCCAUUUCCAACACGAACGGCAAAAACUGCCGUGAACUCACGUGUCUGGCUGACGGCUGCGAGGACGCGUACACUUUCCCAAAGGACGACACCAAGAAACACUCGUGUCGGUUCAACACGAACUACAAAGUGACUUUCUGUCCAUCACGUGAUUCGACACCACAAGAGACGACAACUGCAGGCUCAUCGUUGACCGGUAAGGAGACCACUCUGGUCUCCGAGACGACGACAACACCCGUAACGGUCAAUAGUCUAAAUAUCCCUGCGGAAAACAACGGUGGAUAUGGUCAAUCGGACGGUGUGGUACCUGAGGUGACCAAGAAGGUUGACACCCCUGCACCCAUGGCUGACACCAAUGCACUUGAAGCUGACACCCCUGUACCCACAGUGAAUGGAACUGACAUCUCUGCACCCAAAGCUGACAUUCCUGCACUUAAAGUUGAUACCCCUGUCACCCAACUUGACCAAGCACCGCGUCUCACUCAAAGCUCCGUAACGAAACGUCUUGGGCGGCUAUUGCCGCACUCGAGUGCUCUUUUUGUAUGUGACGUACAAGAAAUAUUUUGCAGUCGGAUGUUCCAGAUGCAAACUGUUAUCCAUGGCACCAAUACUAUGAUCUCUGCAGCCAAGCUUUUGGACAUUCCAAUGGUCGUAACAACACAAUACAGUUCCCGUCUAGGCACUACCGUAUCUGAAAUCUCAAAAAAUCUCAAGGACGUACAAAACAUCCAGAUUUUUGACAAGAUGAAGUUUUCCAUGCUGAUACCCGAAGUCGAAGAUCAUUUGACAUUUGAUCUACCACAAUGUUAUGAUGUCCACGUAAUCUCGGAUGCCGUCUCGAGCUCUACGAGUUACAAUCGUUCCAUAGCCUUAGAUCGUAUGCGACAAUCGGGUGCCUAUAUCACAUCCGUCGAGUCUGCUAUUUUUCAAUUGACUCAUGAUGCCAGUAAUCCCGAAUUUAAGAAUAUCUCGAAACUUAUCAAAAAACAUCUUCAGGAGGAGAACGGAUUUGAGACGGGAGUACGAAUCGAAGAGAUGAACAAGUGA